AUGAGCAAAGUCCGUGGUCAGAACAAGGGAGGAACCAAGCCUCAACAACCCGUAGGAUUCCUGGGAGAAGUCAUGCUGAAGAAAGGCAGAGAAUUAGGAGAAGAUUCAACGUUUGCUACGGCGAUGGUCGAGAUAGGAGAAUCACUGAGGCAACUUUCUGAAGUCAAGGGCGCCUUCGAUCUGAACGUCAGACAGAACUUCUUGGAUCCCCUGGAUCAUCUCAAGAACAAAGAUCUGAAAGAGAUCAACCACCAUCGGAAGAAGUUACAGGGGCGACGUCUUGACUUUGACUACAAAAAGAAGAAGCAAGCAAAAGGAAGCACAAUUCCUGAAGAAGAAAUCCAGUUUGCAGAAGAGAAGUUUCACGAAUCUCAGGAGCUUGCUGAGAACGGGAUGAGGAACCUCCUUGAGAGUGAUGUUGAGCAGGUGUUACAGCUUCAAGCGUUAGCCGAGGCACAGCUAGAAUACCACAAACAGUCUGCGGAGGUCUUGGAAAGCCUUCUGUCAACACUCAAUGAAAGGGUUGAGGAGGCAGGCAGUCGACCCAAAUCAGAACGCAAACCCAGAAGUACUUUCAACUCUUACUCCACGAAGAGAGACUCCAGUGACGGAGACGACACCGACGCGUACCCGUCAACGGUGGAUUACAACGCACCAGUACCUGUAACAGCAACGAAGGAACGCUGCAAGGCACUGUACGACUUUGAGGCAGAAAACGAGGGCGAACUGGGGUUUCAGGAGGGCGACAUCAUCAGCAUCGUCAGUAAGAUCGACGAGAAUUGGAUCGAUGGAGAGUUAAACGGUCACACGGGAUACUUCCCGGCUAACUACGUGGAAAUUAUCUAACCGGUUUAAUCAUGGUAGGUGGUAGCGUUACUUAUAGUGUUGCAGUUUGUACUUUGUCAUCGUGUGGUUGAGUAUGAGCGUGAGUUCUUCGCGAUGAGUACACGC